CGUGUUUCGUGGAAAGCCGCUCUUGCUGCUGUAUAAGCUCAACAAAUAUCGUUUCCUCAAAAGGGGGUUGUAUUGGAGCCAUCAAAUAUCGCCGACCCGCGUUGGCCUCUAUAUGACCUAGACCGAGCCUUGCAUGCGCGACUCCAACCAAUCAGCAACUCGUUCGCGUCACGUUACAUGAGUGAUAACGGCACUGGUAAGCCAGAGGGAGCUCGGUGGCAAACGAGACGACGGCAUCAAAACUCCCAGGGUGCCCCGACCAGGACAAAGAGAAGCCCGUCAGCGCCAGACAACAUGUCGAAACUCUCGGAGCCGUUAAAGCAGCUCAUCAACGCCGCCCAUGCCCUCCCAGGCACCCUCAAGGCGCCGCCGUCGAUCCGCUCGACGUACUCCCAGAUCGCGGCCAGCGCCCGGGAUAGGGGCGUCGGCAUCCCGGCCUGGGUGACCUUCUCCACCGCGGCGACGAUGACGAUGAACUCGCCGUCGUCCAUGGUCGAACUGUUCCACCUCACGCAGACGCUGCCGUCGGCCCCCUCGCCCACGGACACGGCCGGGCUCAUGCGCGAGGUCGGGCUCAAGUGCAUCUCCUUCAACGGCAUCCCGCGCUCGAUCAACUGCCUGGGCGCGUUCCGCGAGGGCAUGCCGCGGGACGUGUUCGACCGGAUCCCGGCGCCGGCGUCGCGGCAGCUGACCGCGCAGAACAUCGACGAGUCCAUGGCCCGCGGCCGCCGGCUGUGGGACUCGGUGUACUUCCCGUUCGAGGAGAAGCUGCUCGGCCGGCUGGCCCAGUCCCACCCGAACCUGCCCGUCCACAUCCUGUCGGGCCACUAUUCGAACCUGCUCGCGAACCCGCCCUCCGACGCGCCCCUCCAGGUCGGGAGGGUCUUGACCUCCCUGGCCGCCAUCGCGUGCCUGCGCGCCCAGACGGGCGUCGGGCCCCAGGUGGUCAGCCACGUCUUCGGGCUGCGCAAGGCGUACCAGGACGGCACCGCCGAGAGGGACAUUGAGGGGGGCGAGUGGCUGGCCACGGACGAGGGCAACCAAUGGAUCCUCCACUGCAUCGACGAGAUCGUCCGCGCGCUGAGCCAAGGGAGAGGCACCACGUUCGCGCCGGGGAUGGGCGGCGAGGAGAAACUCAAGCCCAAGUUGUAAACGUUAUCUACAGUCGUGAUGGUUUCGAAUAUAUAGAUCCGCAAAUUCCAUAACCAUGUCAGAGAGAGCGUCCUCAAUUAAAAGUUCAUCAGCAGCCGGAAACAAUGCAUUUAGUGCGAGCACGCAAAGCGGCGAAAGGGGUAUGAAAAUGUCUGCACGUCAAGGGCUAGAGAUAGUUCGAUGAUCAGAUACAAAGGCUCCGCAAUAGAAUUAUAUGUCCAAGGAUUUCCCUACUCGAAAACGACAAUCGCCUCGAUUCUUUG